AUGAAAGGUCUAUCUACUACUUCAAGCACUACUGGCACAACUAGUACUACUUCAAGCACCACCACCACUACUACGAAUGAAGAUGAGAAUCGACACAUGCCAUCAUCAAUGACAUGGGAUCAAGAAACCAUUCAAAUGGCAUGCACUUAUCCAAGUGUGAUUGUUACCACAGACAUGUACUCGUAUUACACGAUCGAAAAGUUCAUCAUGUGUCCAACCUUGUAUGAACCAAAUGUUCGAACAGCAACAAGACUAUCCAAUCACAGGUCUCGAAUGUGGAAAUGCACAUCAUCCGAAUUUAAUGCUCUCAGAGGUUUAUGUGUGGAUCAUUCAUCUCGAAGACUUUUUGUGAGUGAUCGAGAUGCAAGUAAAAUUAGAGUAUUAUCGAGUAGAGAUGGACAUUUAUUGAAAUCCUUUGCAUUCAAUGCUCCUACGGAUCUAGCAUUUUACGAAGGAAAUUUGUUCGUUUGUGAAAAAUCAACCAAUGGCGUGCAUAUUGUUUCAUCCAUAGAUGGAAGUAUUUUGAGAAGUAUUGCAGUGGGAUGUUUUAACUAUCCAAGAGGUGUUGUUGUCGAUCCAAACACUAAACAUAUUAUUGUGAGUGAUAGUGAUCAUCAUAAAAUCAAGGUAUUCAAUUGGACUGGGGAAAUGUUGGAAGAGUUUCAGCAUGUACCAGGUAGUACUCAUUCAAAUUUAUUGAACACUCCAUUUGGAUUGUCAUUGGAUGAUCAUGCAGGAUUUUUAUACGUAGCAGAUUGUUACAAUUAUAUGAUACAAGUGUUUCACUAUAAUGCAAGAUGGUAUAAGAAUGAAAAAAGAUUUAAGGAUUUGCUUAAAAGUUCCAAACAAGAACAGUUCAGCGAUUUAAUAGUAAUAAUAGUACCGUGA